CUAGUGGCCACUGAUCCAUCCAUCCAUCAACCAACCAACCAUUCCAAUCCAUCCAGCUCCAGGGACCAAGCUAGUGAGUGAGUGAGCUCCUCGCCCUUCACUGAGACAGUGUGCAGCUAGUGAGGAAGAUGAGGACGGUUGCGCUAGGCAUCGUGGCGAUGGCCUGCCUGGUGGGCAUGGCGCAGGGCGGCAACUUCAACCAGGACGCGGAGAUGACCUGGGGCCAUGGCAACGGCAAGGUCGUGGACGGCGGGCGCGGGCUGGACCUCACGCUGGACCGGACCACCGGCUCCGGGUUCCAGUCCAAGAGCGAGUACCUCUUCGGCAAGAUCGACAUGCAGAUCAAGCUCGUCCCUGGCAACUCCGCCGGCACCGUCACCACCUUCUACCUGUCGUCGCAGGGGUCGGCGCACGACGAGAUCGACUUCGAGUUCCUGGGCAACGUGACCGGCGAGCCGUACACGCUGCACACCAACGUGUUCGCCAAGGGGCAGGGCCAGCGUGAGCAGCAGUUCCGCCUCUGGUUCGACCCCACCACGUCCUUCCACACCUACUCCAUCAUCUGGAACCCGCAGCACGUCAUAUUCGCGGUGGACGGCACACCGAUCAGGGACUUCAAGAACAACGAGGCGCGCGGCGUGUCGUUCCCAAAGUCGCAGCCGAUGCGGCUGUACGCGAGCCUGUGGAACGCCGACGACUGGGCCACGCAGGGCGGCCGCGUCAAGGCGGACUGGAGCAAGGCGCCCUUCGUCGCCUCUUUCCGCGACUUCAACGCCGACGCCUGCGUGUGGUCGGCCGGCGCCCAGCGGUGCCCUGCGGGCACCAUGGAAGCAUCAUCGGCAACCGGCGCCAGCGGCAGCAGCUGGUGGAACCAGCAGCUCAGCGACAUGAGCUACCGCCGGAUGCGCUGGGUGCAGAGGAAGUUCAUGAUCUACAACUACUGCACCGACGCCAAGCGGUUCCCGCAGGGCGUGCCCGCCGAGUGCAAGCUCCGCCGUUGAGAGAAACUAUUUCGAGACAGAGCAUGAACACGUCAGUCUGAGCCGAGUUUUGGUCUUCUCGAUCGGGGAUGGCGAAUAAUGUUUUGGACACGGAAAUGUCGGGGUGUAAAUGUAGUACUAGUAUGCAUAUCGCAUUCUUUCAUUUGUUUUGUAACACGGGUUGGAUGUACGUAUCAAGUUCUUUUGAUUAGUGAGUUCCUCUUAGAUUUAUUCUA